CCUCCGCCACCCCCUGAUUUCAACACUCCAGGCUUUGGUGGAACAGGGCAGCCCGAUAAAAGGAGAGAAGGUCUAGCAUGCCGGUGGCACUGGCUGGAGUCUGAUGCCAAGCCAGCACCAUGGCAUGGUCCAUGGCCUGGGCAGGUUUGAUGGUUCUGCUGACAAUCCAAUGGGGCUCUGCCGCAAAGCUGGUUUGCUACUUCACCAACUGGGCCCAGUACAGACAGGGGGCUGCUCGCUUCUUACCCAAGGAUGUGGACCCAAACCUGUGCACCCACCUCAUCUAUGCCUUUGCCGGCAUGAACAAUCACCAGCUCAGUUCUAUAGAGUGGAAUGACAAGGUGUUAUACCAGGAGUUCAACGGCCGAAGAAGAUGUGAGCUGAAUCCCAAGCUGAAGACACUGCUUGCCAUUGGGGGCUGGAACUUCGGCACCCAGAAGUUCACAGAUAUGGUGGCAACAGCCAGCAACCGUCAGAUCUUUGUUCAACUCAGCCACUAAGUUCUGCGCAAUCAUGGUUUUGAUGGCCUUGACCUUGACUGGGAGUACCCAGGAAGCCGGGGAAGCCCUCCCUCAGACAAGCAGCGCUUCACAGCCCUGGUGCAGUGACCUGGCCAAAGCCUUCAACAGGAAGCCCAGACUUCGGGGAAGGAGCGCCUUCUUCUGAGCGCAGCCGUCCCAGCCGGGAGAACAAACAUAGAUGCCGGAUACGAGGUGGAAAAAAUUGCUCAGAACCUGGACUUUCUUAGCCUCAUGGCUUAUGACUUCCAUGGCUCUUUUGAGAAGACCACCGGACACAACAGCCCCCUCUACAAGAGGCAGGGGGAGAGCGGGUCCGCAGCCGAAUUGAACGUGGACUCCGCGGUGCAGCUGUGGCUGCAGAAGGGGACCCCUGCCAACAAACUGAUCCUCGGCAUGCCCACCUACGGACGCUCCUUCACCCUGGCCUCCCCAUCAGACACUGGAGUGGGGGCCCCAACCACAGGGCCUGGAACCCCUGGCCCCUUCACCAAAGAGGGAGGGCUGCUGGCCUACUAUGAGGUCUGCUCCUGGAAGGGGGCCACUCAGCACAGAAUCGAGGACCAGAAGGUGCCCUAUGCAUUCCAGGGCAACCAGUGGGUGGGUUUCGAUGAUGUGCAGAGCUUCAAAACCAAGGCCAGCUACCUGAGGCAGAAGGGCCCUGGCGGGGCCAUGUGAGCGCUGGACAUGGACGACUUUGCUGCUUCUUCUUGUAACCAGGGCCACUACCCCCUCAUCAAGGCACUGCAGCUGGAGCUGAGUCUUCCCUCUAUGCCUUUAGGCACCAUAGAACCUGAAGUCCCCAUACCAGGCCGGCCUUCUGAACCUGAGCAUGGCCCCGGCCUCAAACAGGACACCUUUUGCCAAGGCAAAGCCGACGGGCUCUACCCUAACCCUCAGGACCGGAGCAGCUACUACACCUGUGCAGGGGGGAGGUGUUUCCAGCAGAGCUGUCCACAGAGCCUGGUGUUCAGCUCCUCCUGCAAAUGCUGCACGUGGAGAUGAGCACCUGAGACCCCUAGAGCCGCGGCCACCAACAGGCCAGGGCCCGGGGUCACUCCCCAGCCUGCCUUCCCAGCUCUCCCCAGGUGGGCUGCAAUCCCCCAGACCUCUCAGCCUUGCUUCCUUUUGUCCUGGCUCCCUGGGCUGCCUCUUUUACUUGCAAAAUAAAUCUGGUUUGCACUCCAC